GUCAUGAAGGAGACUCCCGACCCUGCGAAAUUCUUUGACUGGAUGGUUAACACCGAUGUCAACGGUCGCAGCUGUGGUCUUUGCGGUCUGCCCUUGGAAGACCGGGCGCCCAACAGCUCCUAUGUGCAGCGUAGUGACUGUGGCAACCACAGCCUGUUCGAGCACCCGGAUAAGGCGUUGGUGCCGCUGAGCACGUUCAGGAAAGAAGCCACAGAGGAGAACAACGAGACCUUCGCCUGGUGCGAAAUGAACGUGGAAAAGGGCUGUGCUGAUGCGAUCUAUAACCAGGAUUACAUGAUGUUUGCCAAAAGUGUCCGGCUACCUGAUCUACCACUUGUCGGCUACAAGUCCAUUGCGUAUGACAUGUAUUAUUGCCUCCACAAUGGUUGGCUGGCCCCGGAAAUCAAGGCAGUGCAGCACGACUUCAAGGGCAUGACCGCCAAAGCCAAGGAGUUUUGUGACAGCGAUCACCUGGUCAGCCUAGGCUCCAAGGGCAACAUGACUAUGAUGGACAUGAUUGUCAACUACGUGCAAGACUUCCCUCUCAUGCCUUUCAGCCGUGCGUACAGCUUCUGCGUACAGGAGGACGGCAGCAUCGGCACCUAUGAAGAAUGCAAGGGCUGGGACCCUGUGAAAGGCAUGCCGGUCAAUUAG